CAGAUGAAAGCGAGUCUCGAAAAUGUGACAAAUCUGGUGCCAACUGGUGAUGACUUUCGCUGGUAUUUGAAGUUUAAGUGCAAUAAUUGUGGCGAAGAGUCCGAUAAAUGGAUUUAUUUAUCGCUUGAGGAGAAGUUCCCGAUGAAGGGAUCCAAAGGUGAGGCGCAUCUGGUGUCCAAAUGCAAGAUGUGUUCGCGUGAUUGUUCCGUCGAUAUCAUACCAGAGAUGAUCACUCAAUACACGUCCGACGACUCGAAUUCAUUUAAGACAAUCUGUGGCUUCGACUGCAGGGGUGUCUCCGUAAUAGACUUCUCCCCGCGGGUG